CAACCGCUUUAAUUACAGACCUCCAUUGCCACCACAUGUAAAGCUUAAAGAGCUACCGAGAAUGUCAGCGUUUUAAAUGCCAAAAAAAAGUCCCCUUUCUUGCAUAUCAGUGUAGAUAUAUACACAUGUCUAUAUAGACUGUUCAUAUGUCUUGCUGUCACUGUCUAUUUAUCUCAAGCCCAGUUUUUUGACUUCUUUUUUAAAAUCCCCCUCUCUCUCAUUGGAACUGUAAGAAGGAAAUAGUAGGUAGAGAGAGAGAGCAAAAGACUUUUCAAAGGGGAAUUUGAAGAAUCAAAUCUUCAUUGCUCUAAUUUAUAGAGGUAUGGUAACCAAGAAAGUCUGUUUCUUUUAUUUCAAAGCAACAUAUACAAAUGUGUAAUCCUCUAUAACGCUUAGAAUCUCGAUUUUUUUCUAAACCUAAUAGCUAUUUAGUGCAUUGGGUAUGUAUGAAUGUGAAGCGAAUUUUAUUUGAAGAUUAAUGAAGUUGCAGCAGAAAUGGAGGAUCGAUGUAACAGGGUUUUGGUUUGUGCUGUGUUGUUUUUCUUGCUAAUUGCUUGUACAGUAGAGCAGCAAUUCUUGGUGUCAAGGCAAGAAAGAUUAGCUCUGCUUCAACUGAGAUCUUCAUUAGGGUUGAGGGCGAAAGAGUGGCCCAUAAAAUCCGACCCGUGUACUUCCUGGGUGGGAAUCCAAUGCAGGAAUGGGCGGGUUACAAGGAUCAACAUUUCCAGGUUCAAGAGGACUCGGAAUGGUAGUCAAAACCCUCAGUUCUCGGUGGAUGCCCUUCAGAGUUUCACCUUUUUAUCCUCAUUCAAUGCUUCGAAUUUGGCGCUUCCGGGUUCUAUUCCUGAGUGGUUUGGUCAGCGACUUAGCUCACUCGAAGUGCUUGAUCUUAGGUCUUGUUCCAUUGCUGGGGCUAUUCCAUUCACUCUUGGCAAUUUAAGUAGCUUAACUGAACUUUAUUUAUCGGAUAAUAAUCUUACUGGUAUAGUUCCUACAAGUUUAGGUCAGUUGUUGCGCCUUUCUGUACUUGAUCUUUCGCGGAACUCCCUCACAGGAAUGAUUCCGGGGUCUUUUUCAGCCCUCGGGAACCUCACUUUGCUUGAUAUGUCUUUGAAUUUCUUGUCCGGGGCAAUUCCUCCAGAAAUUGGGACUCUGUCUAGGCUGCAGUUCUUGAAUCUUUCAGGCAACAGUUUGUCCUCUUCGAUACCUGCCCAACUCGGUGACCUUUCCAGUCUGGUUGACCUUGAUCUUGGUUUUAACUCACUAUUGGGAUCGGUUCACCGUGAUUUAAGAGGGUUGAAAAACUUGCAGAAAUUGAUAAUUGGGAAUAAUUUCCUAUCUGGAACAUUGCCUGAUGAUUUGUUUUCCACUUUCACUCAGUUGCAGCGUGUGAUUUUGAGCCAUAAUGCUUUCACUGAUGACUUCCCAUUUGUGCUGUGGUCAAUGCCCCAAUUGAGGUUUCUAGAUGCCUCAAGAAAUAACUUUACUGGUACGCUGCCCAAUCAUAGUUUGAAUGCCAAUGCCAGUUUUGCGGUAUUUAACAUUUCGCAGAAUUUCUUUUAUGGAAAUCUUACAUCUGUAAUAAGGAGAUUCAGUUUUAUUGACAUGUCGGGAAAUUAUCUCCAAGGUAGAGUUCCAGAUUAUGCGAGUGGAAACACAUCUUUUAGUAGGAACUGCCUACAGAAUGUGGCAAGUCAAAGGCGUGUCAGUGAAUGCGCAUCUUUCUAUGCUGAGAGGGGAUUGGUGUUCGAUAAUUUUGGACUGCCAAAUGGAGUUCUGCCUUAUCCACCUAAAUCUGAUAAGAAGAGCCACCGAACAGUAAUAAUUUUGGCUUCUGUUUUGGGGGCUGCUGGGCUGAUUGCACUUUUGGCAACUUUCUUUGUACUGCUGAUUGCAAGCAAGCGUAAAAAUGGUGCAAAAAACCAGAGGGACAUUGGCGUGGGACCUGUUCCUGCAAAUGGAAGUUCACCUCCAGGCGCGGCGUUGGAUUUGUCUAGUUUGGGAGACACGUUUACCUAUAAGAAAAUUCUUGAAGCCUCAGGUGAAUCGAGUGAUGUAAAUCUGAUCAAGAACGGCCACUCUGGUGACUUUUUCCGUGGUAUCCUUGAAGAUGCAAACCCCAUAGUCAUAAAAAAAAUUGAUUUGCGUUCAUCGGUCAAAAAGGAAGCGUAUAUGUCAGAAUUGGACCUGUUUAGCAAGGUUUCUCAUCAAAGAUUGGUACCUCUAUUGGGACACUGCUUGGAGAAUGAGAACGAGAAGUUUCUCAUAUACAAAUACAUGCCAAAUGGAGAUUUAUCCAUGUCAUUAUUCAAGAAAACAAAUUCAGACGCUGACAGUUUACAGUCACUGGAUUGGAUAACGAGAUUGAAAAUUGCAAUUGGAGCUGCCGAAGGUUUAUCUUACCUACACCAUGAGUGUACCCCACCGUUUGUUCACAGGGACAUUCGAGCCAGCAGCAUACUUCUCGAUGAUAAAUUUGAAGUACGGCUGGGAAGCUUGAGUGAAGUUUGUGUUCAAGAGGGGGACACCCAUCAAAACAGAAUUACAAGGUUACUGCGGUUGUCACAGACAUCUGAGCAAGGUACUUCAGGUAUGACCAAUGCAACAUGUGCGUAUGAUGUUUACUGCUUCGGAAAGGUUUUGCUUGAGCUCGUAACAGGCAAGUUGGGUAUCAGUUCAUCAACUGAUGCCACCACGAAGGAGUGGUUAGAGGCGACAUUGCCUUACAUCAGUAUAUAUGACAAGGAACUCGUGACAAACAUUGUCGACCCCUCAUUAAUCAUAGACGAGGAUCUUCUGGAGGAAGUGUGGGCCAUGGCAGUUGUUGCAAGAUCUUGCCUUAAUCCCAAGCCCACAAGACGGCCCCUCAUGAGAUAUAUUCUUAAAGCUUUGGAAAACCCUUUGAAGGUUGUAAGAGAUGAGCAGACGAGCUCAGCAAGGCUUAGAACUACUUCCUCAAGAGGGUCGUGGAAUGCUACUGCCCUAUUUGGCAGCUGGCGUCAAAGCUCUUCAGAUGUGGCGGCCAUGCCAGCCGUACCUUCUCAAAAAGCAGAACUUGCUGACAGUUUCAAACAGUCGGGAGCAACAGUUUCUCAAGAAAGUGGACAAAAUAAUGAUGAAGGAUAUGGCCAUUCGUUCUCAACCAAACAACAUUCCAACGAGAUCUUCCCGGAGCCCUUGAAUGUGCAAGAUGUAGAGCGAGAAAACGAGGACUAAAUGGAAGAUUAUUCUACUACAUUCUUUGUCAAUAACAUAGCAUUCUCCACAUUUGGAUGUCUUGCUUGCUGGUUCUUCCCUGUAAAUUUUCCUCUUCUUCCGGAGUUCUCUGGUCGAUCCGUGUACAAGUCGCUGGUCGGUCGUGUUGGACAGUGAAAAAUUCAAAUUUUUUGCAAGUUUUAGACUCACCUUUUCUGAGGAGAGAGACACAGCAAGGGUUAGGUUGUAGUUGCUCUUUGUGCUUCCAUCUGUUCGAAAGCUUGUUUUCGGUUAAAACAAGCUACAAUUUUUUUGUAAUUCAUAUUUUCUAUUGGGCUCUCUUUUGAAUUGUAAAUUAUCAUAUUGUGUAAUUCAUAAGACUUCAUUGCU